CCCGAGGAUCCACCCGCGUACCUGAGAUCUUGAACAUCUCGGGUCCCCAGAUUCACCGUCACAUAGGUGCACAUCAUGAUGGAGGUAUAUGAAGCUCAGAUGCCACAACAGUCACUGUAUCGCUGGCCCUCGUAUCCAGCUUCACUAGCCUUGAUCAUCACGCGAGCACAGCCAGUAUGGUUCAACCUUCGAAAGAGCACGCGUCUGGUGGCUUUAACCCUGUGCACUUCAGUGUAUUGUUUUUAACACUUCUUAUUCUACGAUUCGUCUAUGUGGGUCUCACGUGCCCUACACGGCAUCUGCCUGGACCUUGGUACACUCGCUUCACACAUCUCAGACUGAAGCGUGCUGUUGUGAGUGGCCAAAGAAUAUUCUACAUCGACUCACUCCACAAGAAGUAUGGCCCAAUCGUACGUUUAUCACCCAAUGAGGUCGCUGUGGCGGACCUCGAUGCCUUCAAAGAGAUCCACAAGAUCGGUACCAAGUACAUGAAGAGCGAAUGGUACCUGAGGCUAGCCAACUUUCCCAAGGCCGGUGUCUUCACCAUGCUUGACCCUCGCGAGCAUGGACCUAGGAGGAAGCUAUUGUCUCGCUCCUUCAGCAGAACCUACCUGGUUGAGAAUUGGGAGCACAAAGUCCGCGAGAAGGCCUUACUUGCCGUUAACAAGAUCAAUGCAGAUGCUAUGAAAGGCACUGCUGAUGUUUACAACUGGUGGAUGCUACUUGCCUCUGAUGUCAGUGCACACCUUGCCUUUGGAGAGUCAUUUGGCAUGCUUGAGACUGGACACCAAAACCAGUUCCUGCGCGUGCUCAAGAAGCUCACCAUGGGUGCCGGUAUCAUGGUUGAGAUGCCCUUCCUCCGUCUCUUGAGAUUUGUGCCUGUCCCUGCGAUUCAGGAGAUGUUCAACGCCAACGAAUACAUCAUUCAAGGUGCUGGCCGCGCGGCAGAGAUGGCACGCUCCCGCAAGGGCGAAACCAACAUCUUCGCUAAGAUCGUUGAAGAGUCCGAAAAGGAGAGUGAGACAACCAUCGACGACAUGGACGUCAAGAUCGAGGCGAUGAACAUCAUCAUCGCCGGUACUGAUACCACUGGAGUCACUCUCACAUACCUUACAUGGGCUGUCCUCCAGCGUCCCGACCUACAAGCUGCUCUGGAAGCAGAGGUCGCUGCUCUUGGUGAAAACUUCACAGAGAACGAUCUCAUCAACCUUCCUCUGCUCAACGCUGUCAUCGAAGAGACGCUUAGAUUAUACGGUGCCGCACCAAGCAGUCUGCCUCGUGUUGUGCCCCAGGGCGGAACAAAGUUCGCUGGUCUCUACAUCCCACAAGGUGUCACCGUCGACACACAAGCAUACACUUUCCACCGCGACCCCAACAUCUGGAGUGAUCCCUUGACCUUCAACCCCGACCGUUGGAUCUCUUCCAAAGAGGGUCUCCCAGCUGAAGCCCUCUCGCCCGCCGCCAAAACAGCUUUCCACCCCUUCGGCGCUGGUGCACGGUCAUGCAUCGGCAUCCAUCUUGCUCGCAUGGAGCUGAGAUAUGCAGUAGCGUUCAUGUUUAGGGAGAUGAAGGGUGUAAAGCUGGCGCCGAGCACGACACCCGAGAGCAUGGAGUUUGACAACUUUUUUCUGAUUUCGCCGAGGGCGCAUAAGUGUGAGAUCACAUUCAACUGAGUGAGAGUCGGGUAAUGAAUAAUUUGCGUCUUGGUUUGGGGGAGUAAUAGAUGCACACAUGUAACGGGCGUUGGUCAACGGAGAUUGCAUACAAACGUGUCGGUCUUCGUCUCACAAUGUUCGUCUGCCAGCAUUGCACUUCACGCCAGAGAGGAUGUUCAAAAGUGAACGGCAAUUGUAUUUCUCAGACUUGCUCGAAUGAACAGGCUUCCAAUACUUGCUGCGGUAACCCAAGCGUGCGAUGUUCGGCAUCUCUAAACGGCCUAGCAACCAUGCUGCACGCAGUACGUGGCCUUACCGCACCAUCUACGCACCACAGGACAAUCAAGCUCAAUCACAGCAGCCACUACCUUCAACUAGGUGAUUGUAGUCCAUACAUUCGACUCGAAAACUGCCUAAGAAGCCCUCAUUGAGAC